UGCACGUGGUCAAAUUGAAAUUUUGUGUUUUAAUUCUAUUUGAUGUAAUAACAUCAAUAUGUUGUAUGUGUUUGGUGAAUCAUUACCUGGAAGAGUCUGUUGACAAAACGUGUCUGGUGAGGAUUUCAUAUGGAGGUGUGAUUCACAUGAAGACAGUCCGUCCAAGAACAUCAAAGGUCGAGAUUGUCCAGAAAGCCAUCUCAUUGGUGUUGAAAAGGUUCCCACAUACUAUUCUAAUCAAGAAAAGAAACGAUACUCGUGAUGCAGAAAGUGUUGAGGAUGCUGGAUGGCCUGUGCACUCACUACAAGUACAUUCCUAUAAAGUAGCUAGCUUAACAUACACGUCAGAUGACAUCCAUCCGCUACCUGCCCAGUUCGUCUACGAGAAUGCCAAAGAAGGAGAUACUGUUCGAUUCAGAGGCGAUCUACACUUUAUCAAGUUUGGCUGGAAAGACUUUGAUUUUGUCCACAGCGUUGCUGUAUUAGAAACGUUUACCCCUGGGCGGCUUUUUCUCCAGCAGCAUACGUUUUAUAAUCUGAGUGAUACAGCGGAUGAAGAGGAGCCGUUGGAUGAGACGUGCCGACAACAUCUUAAAGAUGAUACUGCGACUUCGGCUAAAAUACGAUAUUCUCCAACCUCUGCUGUUAAGAUCCUGACGUACAAUCUUUGGAAUACAAAUAAUACCCGUGGUAACAUUCAGGGGUACAGGAACAGGCUGGAUCUAGCUGCAAAAUUGAUACGCACGAGCAAUGCAGACAUCAUCGGCCUCCAAGAAGUCCGCUUUGAAGAGAAGGACAGCACUUGGACAACGUCGAAAUACUCACCUGAUCAAAUAUCGUCGUUUGCGUCGAGGUUGCCAGGAUUCCAAUAUGUCUACCAACCCGCCCAGCUGUUUCCAUCGAGUGUGACAGGGUUAUGGGUUGAGGAAGGCCUAGCAAUUCUCUCAAAGCAUCCUAUUCGAAGUCAUGACUACUUACUCCUUCCAAGGAACAUAAAGGACCCUAGUGAAGGUCACCAAAGAAUAUGUCUCCGAGCUGAGGUUGCUGUGCCUGGGAUUGGACUAGUGAAUGUGUUUGUGACACAUUUAUCGUUGAGUCAUCGUGGCCGGGAGGCAGCCGUGGUUGAGAUAUGGAAAUACAUGAAAAGAUUUUCCGGCCCUGUUAUCCUUCUUGGGGAUCUUAAUGCUGAACCCCACAGUAGGGAGUGUAGUUUCCUGCGGGGAGAAACAGAACUUCAGGGGUUAAAAACUAAAGGGCUGAAAGACAUCUGGUUGGAGAAAAAAGGGAAGGCUAAUAAAGGAUGCACUUUCAAUACCUUAGAUGACCAGUUAUCUAAAAGGAUUGAUUUCAUCUAUGCAAGAGAGGGGGCGCUGGAAGUCCACGAUGUUGUACUGGUGGAUGACGGAGUCAGGAAGAAAUCUGUUGCUUCUGAUCAUAUUGGCGUGAUGGGGAUUUUUGGUGGGAGGACGUGCAAAUGAAUAAGAUAUUGACAUUUUAACACAAAAUACAUGUACUCUGACAUCAUCAAUGAAACGCAGCUACGAAUACGGAUUAAAUAAAUUUGGGUUACCUAAAAUCAACGCCAACAUAUCACUCUAAUUUCUUAGAAAGAAGGCGUGGUAAUGAAAUGUCAUUGAUAACUUAAGCUCCAUGUGGAUAACUCCAUAUGCCCCGAAUGCAACUGACUACCCAUAUUAGUGUGACGACUGUACAAUUUUGUAUUUUAUCAAUA